UUCAAAUUGAUGGAUUUCGAAAAAUCCCUAUUAAUAGCUAUUUAAUUACAAGCUGAUCUUGAAAUACCUAUCUUAGAAAGUGAGUGAUGCAACGACACUUUAUUUCAGGUGUUCCGACAUGUAUAAUAAAGAAGGCAUUUGAGAUCAAUACUAUACAAAACACUAACUAGAGCUCUUCAUGGCGGUGUUCAAUUUACCAUAGAACAUGAAGAAAAUAUAGCUGUGCAACAGAAGGUAGACAGUAUAAAUCCUUGUUCAUUUUAUCGGAAGUGUAUAAGACGUGGUUUGUACCGGAACUCGAAUAAUAUUUUUUUAAUCGGUUGCAGAAUAUUAUUUUAUAGAGCAGAAAAAAACAUGAAGCACAGUCACAAGUUAAAAAUUUCCUAACCAACCAGAAAAAGGAAAUUAAUGAUUUAUGUUAUAUAUAAAGGACAUCCUCACGGUAACUUAUAAGAAUAAUCUUAUUAAUAGUAAAUGUACUGAUCUCUCUGAUAUAUCAUGAUGCAUUUUGGACUAACUCAACGUGAACUACUUCAGUAUACACAGACUACACAGCCGAAUGUUUUGAAACCUGGAGUCAUAGACGAAGUAGUGAACGUGUUAUUGAAACACUAUCGAAAAUGUGAAGAUGAACGAAUCCACAGUUUAGCUGAAGUCGAACGUAAACGUAUGCAAAAUCUGGAAGCAGAAACUGAACUAAAACAGAUACAUUUAUGUUUAAAGAGAGAACCUAAAUGUCAGACUAAGAAACUGACCAGGAAAACUGUAAAGCCAUCCAUAGAUUGGAUGGAAACCCAGAAACCCGGGAUGCAUCCCCCACCCGAUUCAAACAAGUGCAAAAAAAUAAAAGAUGAUGAUCUAUUAGCUAAGGCAGAAAACGAUAUUUACAACCAAACAGAUAAUGAUCCAAAAAACAGAUAUACUGAUGUAAACCAUUCAAAUCGGCUAAAAGAAUUAGAUCCAGAUGCAUGCUUACAUUUACCUCUUGGUUUGGUAAGAAAUCCUACUCCAAGAACAAAGAAGUUUUUAUCAUCUGAGACUAAUGAAUCACUUUAUGCUACGGCAAAUCAAAUAGUUUAUUCAUCAUCUGAUGAUCAAGCACAGAAACGCUGACAAGGAAAGGGAGCAACAAUUUAAUUCGGUUGUUAGAAUAUUGUUUAAUGAGUAUUUUUCUAAAGAAAACAAUAAAUAUUUACAAAAACCGUUUUGUUGAUGUUUUGAUUGCCAUUGUAAAAUUUUCUAUUUUCAGUCAUGUUAUCGGUAAUCAGUUAAGUCAAAAAAAGUUU